UUCUUUCACUUGACACAUCCUCUUGCGCCAUCUGCUGCGAUUCUGCUCACUUCAAUCGGAGUCUUUUUGUUGCUGCUGCUCUGCUUCGCUUUCCCCGUGCUCUCUUCGCUUCUUUUUUUCCGAGCAGAUUUUGGUGAAGGCAGACCAACAGCACUAGGAGCGACUUAUUUCGAGAGAGAGCGAGGAAAAAACAUCUGGACUGGACUAGUAGUUUUGAGGUCAUGUCGCAACGAAUCCACUCCAGUCGUCGGCACUUCGCUCCAACCGUGACCCCUUCUCCUUCCGUUACCGUUACCGUUACCGUUACCCUUACCAGUUCCGUGCUUUAAAGGGCUGAUGUAGCGGUCAGCGAGCUGCUCAUGGCAGCGCUUUCAGCACGGUCAGCGUGUCAUGGCAACGAGAGCUGGUGCAGCAGGAGAGGCAGUCGCACCAGUCAUUGCAGGUGGAGACACAGUCGCACCAGUCGCACCAGUCACAGCGGUCGCAGAAGUUGGAGCGAUGGACUCAUCAUUUGCAUCAGAUAUGGAGUCGGCAGCAUUUGCCGCUGCAGCAGCAGAGGACGGGAGUGUGGCUGUCGGUUCCAUGGGCAAAGCAGCGUCGUCUGGAGCGAUGGAGAUGGAUUCGCUUUCAGCAUCGGAUAUGGCGUCGACAGCAGUAGCAGCGGUUGUCGGCGCUGCAGCAGAGGAAGACGAGGCAAGUGCAGGAUCCAUAGGCGCAACAGCGUCAGUUGGAGCGAUAAACUCGCCGCCUGCAUCGGAUAUGGGAUCGACAGCAGCGGUUGUCAGCGCUGCAGCAGCGGACGACGAAGCAAGUGCAGGAUCCAUGGGCGAAGCAGCAUCGAUUGGAGCGAUGGACGCGCCGAUUGCAUCAGCAGUGGGGCCGACUGCAGGUGUCGCUUCUACAGAAGAAGGAGGAGGAGGAGGAGGAGGAGGAGGAGGAGGAGGAGGAGGAGGAGGAGGAGGAGGAGGAGGAGGAGGAGGAGGAGGAGGAGGGGGGGAGGGGGGGAAGAGGUGGAGGGGGUAAUUGGAGGUCGUGUGGGCAAAGCAGCGUUAAACGUACAUGCAGGAGAGACGCGGGCAGGGAAAUUGCAGGCGGAAGAGACACGGGCAGCAGGAGUGAGGGUAAGAGGAGCGUCAGAGCUAACGGUUGUGCUACGGACGGCAGGCAGGGGUGAACGGACGGCAGGCAGUGGUGAACGGAUGGCAGGCAGUGGUGAACGGACGGCAGGGAGUGGUGAGCGGACGGCAGGCAGUGGUGAGCGGACGGCAGGCAGUGGUGAGCGGACAGCAGGCAGUGGUGAGCGGACGGCAGGCAGUGGUGAGCGGACGGCAGGCAGUGGUGAACGGACGGCAGGCAGUGGUGAGCGGACGGCAGGCAGUGGUGAACGGACGGCAGGCAGUGGUGAGCGGACAGCACGACGUGAUAACGUGGAGGUUCUUGCCCUUUCCUCUGCCCUCCAGGCUAUCCCCGAGCCCCGCACCCAGUCUCCCUUUCUCGUGGGUGCUUGCCACUCUGACGAACAAGUCAUGCAACCUCUGCUGCACCAGCACCAGCAGCAGCACCAGCACCAGGACCAGGGGGAGCACCAGGAGGAGGUGGAGGAGGAGGAGGAUAAGAAGAAUCAGGAGAAUGAGGAAGAAGAGGAGGAAAAGGAGGAGGAGAAGCAGCAGCAGGUGCGUGUCCGGAUAGGACUGAUAGUGGAGUAUGUGGGGAGGGAUUUGCCUGUUGCUCGGCCACCUCUCAAGCCCGGCAGAGCUUCCUCUCCCCAAAAAAGGGGCUCCAGCAGCAGCAGCAGUAGCAGCAGUACUACUCGUGCCACAUGCUCGAGUAUUGUUGCCGGUAGAUCCAAUAACAGGAACGUUUUGGUAACCACUAGAACUACCACCGCCACUAGUGCAGCUGACACCGCUGCUGUUAACAGCACUGGCAGCUCGAGUGCCCCUUGUACAUACUCAACAGCACCUGGUGCAGCAGCUACUGUACAGAGUCGACACCAUGUAUCCUCCCCAGAUCCUCCUUCUCUUUCCCCCUCGCCCUCCUCCUCCUCUCCUUCCACUCCUCCUUCCUCCUCAUCCUCCUCCUCCUCCUCUCUCUGGCGCCUCCCGUUCGCUCGCGGUCGCAAGCUUUUAUCCAAGUUCCCAUUGCUUUUCUCCUCUCCCAUUACCUCCUCCUCUUCCUCUGACUCCUCCACUUCCUCCCUUCCCGCCUCCCCCCUAACUUUGCCGCCGCCUCACUCUCCUCUCCUCUGCACCCACAACCCAGCUCUUUCGACAACCCCCAGCGGUGCUGCCACUGCCGCAGCCACUGCAGCCAUUGCUUUCCGCAGGCACUGCAUUGUGGACGUCGGGGGGAGAAGAGCAGCAGCAGCAGCUGUAGCAUCAGGAGAAGCUUCAACUUCAACAGCAACUCCAGGAAAUGCUACCUGCGUCGGUUCCCCCGUACGCCUAUCUUCCCUCCCUGAAGCAUCCGUCCCUGCCCUCCCUUCCCUGCUCCUUCCGGCCUUCCCGCCCCCUCAACCACCCCCCCUUGCUACACCCCUCCCAGCGCUCCCCUUCCCUCCCCUGACCGUCCCAGGCCAUUCCAUCCUGAAUCCGCCCCUCGGUUCUCAAACCUCUGCCAUGACAGUGAGGAGCCAGGGCCUGUCUUUAGCUCAGAAUCAUCUGGCCAGGAAUCAUGUGGUCCGAGAGCUAGAGAGGGUAUCGGACUCUUGGCAGGCGGCGGAUGCGAGAGUGUGUCUAGACCCAUGCACCCCAUGGCAGGGACGAGUGGGGCUAGAGGUGGCGGCAGCGGCAGCGGCAGCGGCAGCAGCAGCAGCAGCGGCGGCUGCGGCUGAGCCAAACCUUGUGUUUGCAGUGGAUGAGGAGGCAGAGUGCAGGAGCAGCAGCAGCAGCAGAUCGCAUGCCCGUGCUCGUCACACCAAUACCACCUCUGUUCCACCUGAAACAGCCUUCUCGUUGCCCCCCUCCUCCCCCUCCCCCUCCCCCGCGUGCUCCCAUGGCGAUGCUGCUGUCGGGGCGCUCAUAAGACUACUGCGGUCAGCGUCAGCCCGUCCGCUCUGCUCCCCUAUCCUCCCACCCACGAGUGUCUCCCCCACCUCCUCCCCUCGGUUGCGUCCCACACGCCCAGCGGUGGGUGGAGGGUUGGGGAUGGGAGAGGGUUCGGAGGGUGGAGUGGGAGAGGGUGAGAGGGGGGAAGUGGGGGAGGGUGAGAGGGGAGGAGUGGGAGCGUUGUUGGGAGGGAUGAAGUUGUACAGGGAAGAUAGGCGGAGGCUGAUGCGGAUGCGAGGGGAGGGGGGGUGGUGAAGGGGAGGUGGGGGGGUGGAGGGAAGGAGGAGAGGUGGUGGUGAUUUGAUGGAAACCGGCUUGUGUAGAAUGGCACCGCGUGGCUUAUUCACAUCACAUGUGUGUAAUUCUUGCGCAUCGUUCACGCUCCAGAUUCGACUGAUGAACGCUCUAAAGCAUUUCUGUGAAGUGCCUGAGUUUUGUUAUGCUGUGGCAUGCGAAUGAAGGGUAGAGAGACUAGUGGUGGGAGGAGGCAGUGGGAGGAGGCAAAGGUCACAAGUUGCUCGGAGGCUGCUGCAGAUUGCUACUUGCCCGAUGUACCUCCUUAGUAUCUUUGUGUUGGCAUACCAUGUCUAACUGUACCACAUUGUGCAUCACUGGCAUGCUCAUGUAUGUUUGCUUAGCGAG